AUGAUCGGGGCGACGAAGCGCUGGUUCCAGCGCAAUCGCAAGGGUCUCGCGAUCGGGGCUGGGGUGAUUGGAGCUGGCUACUUGGCCGGACAGUAUGUCCUGUCCAAGAUAUCCGAAGCCCGGGAACGUAUGAGCAGCGACAGGAUUGCUCGCGAAAACCUGCGCCGACGAUUCGAGCAAAACCAGACCGAUUGCACCUACACUGUUUUGGCCUUAUUGCCAACUGCUACCGAGAACAUUAUCGAGGCUCUCCCAGUUGAGGAAUUAACCAAGGAGUUGCAGAAGAAGCGGGCGGAGAGAUUGGCUCGGUUGAAUGCUGGGGAGGCGACGGGGUCAGAUUUGAGCUCGGUAUCGCCCAGUCUACCGGAUGAUGAUCGGAGCUUCCAGAGUGAGAGUUUUGUGCAUACCAGCCAGGUUGGGGAGUCUCCUAUAGACUCGGAGGGGCAACCCCAACCUAAACGGAACAAGACUCAGCUGUGGAAUGAGGUUAAGAUUAGCUCUAUUACUCGGUCUUUUACUUUGAUCUAUACGCUCUCCUUGCUUACCAUCUUCACCCGCAUCCAACUCAACCUCCUCGGCCGCCGGAACUACCUCUCCAGUGUUAUCUCUCUUGCUACACCGCCUGUCAACGCCUCAACCAUAAGCCUGGAAGACCACGAUGAUGAACUCACCCAAACAUUGGGCGAUGACUUUGAGACUAAUCGUCGGUACCUCGCCUUCAGUUGGUGGUUGCUUCACCGCGGAUGGAAAGACUUAAUGGGGACCGUCCAAACUGCCGUGGAAGAGGUAUUCGGACCACUAAACCCGCGCGAAGACAUCAGCCUGGCCAAGCUCUCCGAGCUGACCUUGCAGGUCAGAAAGAAGGUAGAAGGUAGCACAGAGGAUGAGCGACGGUCCCAGAAGUGGUUGUCCUGUCUGCUACCUCCAGCAGAAGAAGAGGAGCAUGUGCUGCGCGAGUCAGGUGUUGAAGGCGUGGCAGAUCCAUCCUCAUCCCAGACAGCAUCGAAGCUGCGGCACUUGCUGGAUGAGACCGCCGACUUGAUUGACUCGCCUUCCUUCUCUUACGUCCUGACCCUUCUCAACAACGAAGGGUUCUCUACUUUGAUUGAUCAAAGAUGUGCCAACGAUGCCUUCAAGGCGCCUACUGCUGCUCCUGAGACUGCUCCCCAGUCCUUCGACUCCAUCGCCACAGUUGUGCCCCUGGCUGCCAACGCCGAACGGAAGACAAAGCUUGCCAACCUCCUGGCAGUCAUGGCCCGCCAAGCACACGUGAUUGGCAACGGCUCUCAUGCACCAAACGAGUAUCUGGUCGCUAUGGACCAGAAUGUACGUGAGCUCGAAGCCUUCUCUGCCGUGGUUUACAGCUCGAACUUUGAUCUCGAGCUCCUCGGCGCCAAGGAUAAGGCGGCGGCGCCUGCCAGGGACACGGAUUUGGUUGAUUCCGAACCUUUGUCAGCUUCCUUUUCGCAGGUGCUUGUUGGUCAUGAGACCGAGCCUGAGGCGGUGGAUGAUGAACUUAAGGAGUUACCUAAGGACGAGCCUGAGGAGCCGAGCUUGAAUGAUCCCUUGGCCGAUUCUGCUUUUGAUGACGCUUGGAACAAAGCAAAUAAUGGAAAGCCAUCCCCGGAAGAGUCCCGGGCAGCGCAGUGA